CACGGUGGUUACAUUCUUGUACACCCUCGCGUCCAUGAAGACGUGUAUAUAUCCCUGUACAUAUGUGCUAUGGACAACACAUAUAUGCGCUAGAGUGCCCCUUGAAUAUAGAACAAAUUACAUACGGAGCAUAUACUCUGCCUCUCGACUCUUCUCGCGUAUGCACGUGCGAAUCUACGUAUAUUUGUAUACGCGGGUGUGAUAUCGCCUUUACGAUUGACCGUGUUCCGUCAAAUUUCUUGGGAACAGCUUUGACUCUUUGGUUAUUCUUAAUUCGUAUUUUUCUUUUUCUUCUCUCUUUUUCUUAAUUCCAUGAGCUAACUCCCAUUUUUAUAUUGAAACGUCGUAUAAUUCAACAGGCAUUAAAUAGAGGUGGGAAAAAAAGACAAGCAAUUCCACUUUCUCGUUAACUCGUGCUUGCGAUUCCGGUUAUAAAAUAGUCCCGCGAAAUGCUUCCGUGCGACAACGAUACACGGACGAUACACGAGAUCGACGAAGCGCUCUAGAGAGUCUAGAAUCGUGUGCGCGCUCGUGAGCCCGCACACGCGAGAAACGAAGCGACAACGCUCGUUCUGCCAGUGUGCGCUAUUCGCAAUGUGUAUAUACGUGCGUGCAUGCGCCUGCUGCUGGGUUGCGAGUGUAUGCGACUCGGUGGCCGUGGCUAUGGCCUUACGAACCCCCACCAGUCAACCGCUCCGAAUCCACACGGCGUGUGUACCCCCCGUACUCUAUGUACAUAGAUCCCUAGAGUUCGAGAAAGAUGCAAGAUCGGUGAAGCGAGAGCAGGACAGAUGGGAGAAAGACAAAGAGAGGGAGAGCACGUUAGUGCGAAAGAGGAAGAAGAAGCGCGAGCUAGGAGUGGAAUGGCAGAGGGGAAUGGCGAGGGGGAGGGGGAGGAGGGAGAGUGUCGCGAGCGUGUCUAACCUAGGAUAGUGGCGUUUAGUGGCGGCUAGGCUAGGCAAACCGAGGUUCGCUGCUCGCGCGUUACGUUCAGUGUUCCUUCGCGCUUCGGCCAAAGACUCGUACGCCUCGUGUCACGCAAUCCGUCUUCUUUCCCCUUCGCUACGAACCCCUCCGCGUACAGGAGAAAGGAUUUCGAGAGAGUCGUCGAAGAGGAAAAGAGACCACCGUGAAACGCGAAGCAUCGCGAGCGCAUAAUCAUACGCCAUCAUUAAGCAGCACGAGCUUCCUGAAUUUCCCGCGGUCGACAGUAUACCACGGCUGCGCGUCACUCUGCGCCCACCGGACGAUUUUGACUCGAGUCGUUGCACGGCAUCGUACUGAUUGGACUGUGUUAAAAGAUUCUGUGCGGUUCGUUUUCGUUGAAUCGAUAGAGGCAUGGCCGCUUCUUUCUUCUCAAUCACACGUGAAAGAACAGUUACUGAUUAUUAUGCGUACGCGUAGAACCACCAUUGUUGAAUCGAAAACAAAACUUUUUUACGUCGCGACGUCGUGUUGAUACGUUGCGCGCGCUUCCCAAUCAGAAUACCGUAAACGUUGCGCGACCCAAGUUCGUAACGUCUUUUUUCGUUCUCUCUUCCUUUCGACGAAUCGAAGGUGACUUGUGGUCAUCGUGCGGCCAAAUAACCGGACGAAAAAUUGUUUAUGUUUUCGGUGACUCAGAAGAAGUGGGAUCGAAGUGGAAAUAGAAACAGGGAAACAGGUUGGGGAUACCAACGGUCAGUAGUAGAGUGUGUGCAACAGAAAUCGGUGUGCGUCGAAAGUAUCCAAGCGUCCAGUCUAUAUUUUCUUCGACAUCGAGCGUCGUAAAUCGUCAUCGUAAAUCGGGAUAUACAGAGGGGAAUCAAAGUAGCGCGUAAAUUGAAAGAAAGAAAUCUGAGGAGCAGAAAAAGAAGGAGGCGAAAAGUGGGGACGUUUCAAAGGUGGUUUUGGAUGUUAGAAAGCGCGGGGGUGGCUAGAGAGGCCCCGCCGCAGGGUACGGGUCCCGAUGCCGGUCCCCGUAUCGCAAACCCUUACGCUGACCUCCACCCUCGUGCCCAAGGAGGAGUCAAACAUGCCCUUCAUAGACGACGAGCUUCUUUGGUGCCCUGACAAUGACGGCAAAAUGGUCGACUUAACGCAAUGUCUCCAGGAAAGCAGUACAGGGCAGUCAGUAGAAUUUUCCCCGAUGGAAUUAAAUGCCCUUGUAGGGACGCCGGCUGCUCCAAAUAUGCCGGCAGAAGAGGGCGAAGGAAUGGCUGGUGUCACAGGAGAAGAGCCCUUUGACACGUUAGACACAUUCCUUCGAGAAUUGCAAGCUGAUUUGGCUGAAGCCAGUCAACCCACGUCCACUACAACUUCCGUAACUCCUUCCUGUAGACGGCAGAGGUACAAUAUCGCAGCCGCAAAUCCUUUGUUAGCAGAGAAAUUAGCAGCUCCUUCGUCGCAAGCAUCUCCAACUUCUAUUCCGUACGCAACAAGGGCGGAAAUUAAAACGGAAAGUAUUCAACCUGAAACAACGAAAGUGGACACGAGGGAAGUUCAGCCACACGAUGCGAGCGAGAAGGAACAACUGGGCCUGGCCAGCGUUAAAGCGGAACCAGGAUCGACCGGUACGACGACGACCACCACGGGGACACGUCUCCUGCACGGCAUUCUCUCGCAGCAUCCCCAGCAACACGGUCUAGGGGUGCAAAAUGGAUACGGCCGCCACUUGCCCGGCCAUGCUCAAAUGGGCCAACCGUCCUACACCACUGCCACUAUGGCCACCACAAGUACGCCAGGAAGCGGAUCACUGCCAGCGAGUCCCGCGGACAGCGGAGUUAGCGACGUCGAGUCCAGCACGUCCUCAGGCGGUAACGAGGACGCGAAUCUCUUAUUGAAAGCAAGGCUCAAUCCCAAUUCGUCCCUUCAGCCAAGCCUGGCGUCUCAUCAUUCUCAUUUGUCGUCAGCAGCGCUCGGCAGGUCGGCCUGUCACAGUCCUGGUGUUUAUCCGUCGACGGCGGGCUUCCUGCCGCCCUCCUAUCAUCCUCAUCAGCAUCAUCCCUCCCAGUACCAUCCGCAUAGAGGGAGCUCACCUCACCAUCAACAUGGGAACCACACGAUGGGCCCCACAAUGGGACCGCCCCAUCAUCAUCACCAUCAUCAAACGCAGAGUCUGCAACACUUGCAUUAUCGUCAGCCUCCUACACUAUCCGAAAGCUAUAGCAGUUAUGUGAACUCGAUGUAUGCCAGCGGGGCCCAAUUUGCAACACCUUGUACCCCUAGUCCACCACGGGGACCUGGAGGAGUUCCAACGAGUGUAAUUCAAGCAGCUACCAGUUCGGUUUCCGACGAUUUAUAUCUACUGGAAUUAGGUUUCCCUCCACGAUCGAAGAAGAACAAGUUGAAAAAACCGCGUCAAGGAGACGGUGCUGCAGUAAAAAGAAAAUCUCGCGAGGGUUCGACGACGUAUCUUUGGGAAUUUUUGUUAAAAUUACUACAGGAUCGAGAGUAUUGUCCUCGAUAUAUCAAGUGGACGAAUCGCGAACGAGGUGUCUUCAAAUUGGUGGACAGCAAAGCAGUAUCUCGUCUAUGGGGUUUGCACAAGAAUAAGCCGGACAUGAACUAUGAAACGAUGGGUCGAGCCCUGCGUUAUUAUUAUCAGCGUGGUAUCCUGGCAAAAGUUGACGGACAGAGGCUAGUUUAUCAAUUCGUGGAUGUACCGAAAGAUAUUAUAGAAAUUGACUGUACCGGCGCGUGAGAUAGGGUUCGACCGAAGGAACAGCAGCACGAGAGGCGAGCUAUACGGGAAAAGAGUGAUUCGUGUAUUUAUGCUGCGAUCUUUCGCGAGAACACAUCGUUAUCGUCAUCAUCGUUCUCAUCAAGCAGCUCUUCCUGCCACAAUGUGCUUACUUGGCACACCCCCCAGACGAUCUAAAGCAUACCCUCUCUCUGACUUCGUUUGUUCCUUGUAUUAUAAAUAUAUACUUAUAGAGACAUAUAUUAAAACGUGAAUAGCGCAUGCGCACGGAUGCUGCCGCGUGAGGAUGAGUGUUUUGUUUUUGUCGACGCGACAGUUGCCACGUACGGUAUACCUAUGCAACUACCGUAUAUUGUAAUUUCGUCCUCCUUUGGUCUUUCUUUUUUUUUAUUAUUCUUUGACGAUAUACGUCAAUAAUAAUCGUACUAAGCUUUACAACGUUUAUGUAUAUUAUAUAUAUUAUAUAUAUAUAUAUGUAUACGUUGAGCUCGUUCAAAUUUGUACAAAAUUUAGUUUUUAAAAAUGCUACGGCACAAAUGUUAUUAAAUAUGUUUUAAUCAAGAGUAAAUGAAGAAAGAAAAAAUUAAAAUGAAUCUAUUACUUAAACAUAUAGCCGGAAUAUAGGCUAACAAUUGUACAUUCAAGAAUGCGAUAAAUUAUUUAUUGUAUAUUAGACGAUUAUAUAUGUUACCUAGAAAAAAAAAGAAAUUGUUAUAUACGUGUCGAUGAAGGGAAUCAUAAGAAAGCAAAGGGGAAGUAAAACUUAACACAAUGUGCAUGCACGCGUAUGUGGAAAGUUUAAAGAAGAAAAAAACGAAACGAAAUGAGGGCUGUGAAAAGAUUCAGAAAGGAAAAAAAAUAUGAUAGUGCGGAAAUGAUAAAGAUGUUAAAAAGUUUUACAGAGCGAGCUCAGGGAGAGGUACACAUAUAUACAAACAUACAUUUGUACACAACACGUGCAUACGUGUGUAUGAUUGCACGCGGCUGUACAUCUAUACAAACACAGUAUCCACACACUAUAUUUUUUUAAAUAUAAGCGAAAAAAGGGCGACUCUUCUAUUUGAGCUGAAGGUUCAACAAUGUAAGGUGCUGGCUAUACACACGAGGUCCAAGAAUGUUAUUUAGCAAGCUAGUGUUACUAAUUCAUAAAAAAAAUUAUUGAAACAGACAUUAUAUCUCUGUAUAUAUAAAAUUACACCUUUUAGUAUAUAUUAUUGAAUAUUAUAUAUAUAUUAUAUGAAUAUAUAUUGUAUGUUAUGUAGUAAAUGGAGUGAGUUAAUGUAUCUCUAUGAGAUUUUUUGUCACGUCUGCAUAGGAAGAAAUUUGAGUAACCGUCUAUCUGUACGAUGUCUCUGUUCCUGUCUUUUUAUAUAGGAAAAAAAGGAAGUAAACACUGUGGAAGCAUUAUCGUUUUUCUCUUGUAUUGUAAUUCUCUUUUCUUUUCUUUUUUUUUUUAAUAAACUAUCGACAUUGAGAUCAAACGAUAAUGAAUUGAUUUGCAUGAUCAGUGAUUUGAGUCUAUGAUCUGCAAAAAAAAAAACGCACAUCCGCGUGUUUCCUGUGCUCAGCUGGAAUUAGAGACAUCAUACUUUUCUAAACGUUUUAGAAUAUAAUAGCCUUCCUAAGAUGUAAGGGGCGUUCGAAACAUGAUAAGUUAGAGAGAAAUUUAAUUUAUUGAGCAGCAGCCCGCCCCUAAAUACGGACGUGAUGUGCGAGUGCAAGCGUAUCCUAUAGAAAUAAGUUUUGUACAUAAAGAUUCGUUGAGAGCAUACUUAGAAAGAAUAUUACGCUACGUUAUCUUCGUAAUCGUGGACAAACGAAAAAAGAGAAAAAAACAGGAGAGACAAAAGAGAUAAAAGUGCAACUCAUCUUUGAGGCUUAUCUGCACAAGUUCUUCUUGAUCACCUCCAAACAUUUCGAAGAAGAAAAAAAAAAUAUAAUAAAUAAUAGAGAAUAUGAUCAAGUGCUGCCAAUAAUGCCUGUAAACGGUCCCUUGCAUUUUAUCACUUAAAAGAAUAAAAGAAAAGAAACAAAAAACAAUAUUAUAAAGAAUUAUACGCGCGGUUAUUAAAAUCAAGAAGAAAUGUCUUGGGACGCCAGACAUACCAGAUGAUACAAAGCGAAUUGCCUUCUUGUAAUUAACAAAAACGUGUUGCCUUCUAACAAAGAAAACAUAUUAAAGAAAAAAAAAUUCUAGCAAUUUGUAUUUGUAAUACCAUCGACUUUAUCCGGGUACUUAAAGAAAACCUUUAACCCUGUAUAUCAUCCCCUAUUUGUCAGCAUAGAAUUUUGUAAUUUUUGUCAAGAGAAACAUAAUAAUAAUAAUAAUAAUAAUAAUAAUAAUAAUAAUAAUUAUAUAAUGAAAAAGAUAAAAAAAAUUGAGAAACGUUUUUGGUACACGAAGACUUUUUUCAUAUCGCACUUUGCAUACACGUAUCAGAUGAAAAAUAUGCUUAAAAAUAAAAAAAAAUUAAUAAAGAGAGAAGAAUGAAAUACAUCAGAGUACAAUGAACAAAAAAGCAAGUACCUAUAAAUAAAUAGUACCACUUCUAUACAUAACAUCCACUUAUAAACAAUGAAUGGACACUGCAACAAAAAAUCCUAUUUUUAGGUAAAUUAAAUUUACAUAUACAUAACGAUUGACUACGAUGCAGGAUAUUUUAACAAAUAAGACUUUACUGUAAUAGGGAUAAAUCUAUAAUUACUUACCUGUAAAAUAAUACGAAGACACGAUGGAUUGACGUAAGGAACUCUAAUGUAACGUUCUGUGAUUCGUUGUUUGUAGGUGAAAUUUAAUAAAAGAUUACUGUAUCAUAA